AGGCAGAUUUCAAGACACCUAUGACUCCGUGAAGGUCCUUUUGUAAGAACAACAUGGCAGCCUUAUGUAGAGUCAGACACCGGUGGAAACGCACCAACUGCAUUCAACUAAUUACGAGAAACUUGACUGGAACAUUUGACUAUGAUCUCGUCGUUAUUGGUGGUGGCUCUGGGGGUCUGGCUUGUUCCAAAGAAGCGGCUCAGCUAGGACAGAAAGUUGCUGUGUUAGAUUAUGUGGAGCCGUCACUUAAAGGUACUAAGUGGGGCAUUGGUGGUACGUGUGUGAACGUGGGCUGCAUUCCCAAGAAGCUCAUGCACCAGGCUGCUCUGCUUGGCACAGCUGUGAAAGACGCUCAGAAAUAUGGCUGGCAAAUCCCCGGGCCCAUCUCCCAUAACUGGAGUUCCAUGGCAGAGGCCGUGCAGAACCACGUCAGGUCCCUCAACUGGGGUCACCGUGUCCAGCUUCAAGACAAGGAAGUGAAGUAUCUGAACAUUAAAGGAAGUCUGGUGGACGAGCACACGGUCAAAGGGUUAACCAGGACAGGAAAAGAGAUUAUGCUGACUGCUAAGAAUAUUGUGAUUGCCACUGGGGGGCGGCCAAAGUACCCCACACAUAUCCCUGGAGCAGUCGAGCACGGCAUCACCAGUGAUGAUAUCUUCUGGCUGAAGGAGUCCCCUGGCAAGACACUUGUAGUUGGUGCCAGCUAUGUGGCCCUGGAGUGUGCUGGCUUCCUGACCGGUAUUGGGCUGGACACCACCGUCAUGGUGCGCAGCAUCCCCCUCCGAGGCUUUGAUCAGCAAAUGGCAGGGCUAGUGACAGACUACAUGGAGGCCUAUGGCACCAAGUUCUCCUGGAGGAGUGUCCCUAAGAGCGUGGACAAGCUGUCCUCUGGGGCGCUGCAGGUGACCUGGACAGACGAACAGACAGGAAAGGACCAGCGGGACACCUUCGACUCUGUGCUGUGGGCCGUAGGCAGAGCCCCUGAAACCAAAACUCUCGGCCUGGAGAAAGUUGGCGUCAAGCUCAACAAAGAGUCAGGGAAAAUACUUGUGGCUGCUGACGAAUCCACAUCUGUGCCGAACAUCUACGCUUUCGGCGAUAUCGGCGAGGGUCGUCCUGAGUUGACCCCCACAGCCAUUAAGGCAGGGAAGCUCCUCGCCCGCAGGCUCGCAGGCCAGACCAAUGAGCUAAUGAACUACGACAACGUUGCCACCACAGUGUUCACCCCUCUGGAGUAUGGCUGUGUGGGCCUAUCAGAGGAGGAGGCUGAGGGCAGACAUGGGAAGGACUCCAUAGAGGUGUACCAUGCCUUCUACAAGCCUCUGGAGUUCACUGUGGCUGAGAGAGAUGCCAGCCAGUGUUACAUAAAGGUGGUGUGUAAGCGGGGUGGAGACCAGAGAAUCCUCGGCCUGCACUUCACUGGCCCCAACGCUGGAGAAGUUACCCAGGGCUUUGCUAUGGGCUUCCAAUGCGGGGCCACCCUCACUCACCUGAAGGAGACCGUGGGGAUCCACCCCACUUGUGCCGAGGAGCUGACCAAAGUCAACGUCAGCAAGCGCUCAGGGCUGGACGCCACGGUUACCGGCUGCUGAGGUUAAGCACCCCCUUCUCUGAACACACCUGAGCACACGGGAAGGAACCUCCUCGUAGAGACAGGGAAUGUGUCCCUAAUGUCACCCUCCUCCCUAUGUAGUGCACUACGUUCAACCAGGGCCCAUAGGGCUCUGGUCAAAAGUAGUGCACUAGAAAGGCAUUAUGGUCCCAUUAGAGACGCAUACAGGGAAGUAAUUGUAAUGCAUAUAUAUAGCUCUGGUUGCAACACUUGUCUCCUAGCCACCUCAUAACGGUCCAUGUAAAACCUGUAGAAGCACGCUCUGCUUUCCCUGACAUCCCAGUUCCUCUGGAUUUCAGGUCUCCACUCCGUCUUAUCAUUGCAGGGUCCUCCAGGUCAUGACUGCAAUGCCAAAUCUAGGUAAAGCUAGAUCUGUGUCAGGUUUGACUAGUGGUCACAUUAACCAGGCCAUGGUUACCCAAUGUAGCCCCUUAAUGUAUGUAGUAUGUCCCCUUCUCCCUCUGAAAGCCAUAAGGAGUUCUAGACCCACGUUCGUGAAAACGUCCAGACACAAGCAGCAUCCUUUAAAUAAACUGGCUCAUAAAUCAGAAUUAGGACCCAUUCCAGUUUGUUGAAAAAUAACUGUAUAAGAGAGAGAAAGCUGGGCAACUAAUGUUUCUGAAAUAUAUUCAGAAAAUAUUGUUGUUUCUCCUCCUGUUCUUCCUGUCCAUUAGUCUUGAAAGUGACAUAUGCGUUGCCCGGGUGACACUGAUGGAUGGGCCAAGGGCCGUCGCCGCGGUGACACUACCCGUUUCCCAUGGACACACACAAACAGUCGGCGGGCAGGCUGUCAGUCAGAGAGGUGCAGAGCAGCACAGGGCCCGGUCUGGGCCAGAGUGCAGAGCCCUUGAUUAGGCCUCCACUCAUUCCAGCACUCUGCUCUCCCCCCCCCCUCUCACCUCCCCUCAACCCCAAUGCACAAAGGAAUACAGUGGGACUACAAUAACAACCUCUGUCAGUCUGUGUGUGGGGACGCCUUGGCCAGCAACCUCUGGCAACCCAAUCCCUCUACGGGAGAGAAACUACCUGGGCCACAGUGGUGGCAGUACCAAAUGCUGCCUAAAGGUGGCGGUAUUGCCCUCUUAUUUUCUUUGAAUAACUUGCCAGUAAAGAAAUGAUAGGGUAGUGAAGUCAGUGUAUAAUGAAUAAGCCCUGGCACAUUCACGGUGCACAUUGGAAUCUUUUAAUCCUUAUUUGAGAUGUCUGUUAUGUUAUGAAUGUGGAGACCAUAGAGGCAUUUGCAGCGCUAACUGAUAAAAUUGUGUAUUUACACGGCUGGCAGUUUAGCCCACAAAGUCAUCACCCUCUGAGAUAAGGCGGUUUGUUUAUUUCACUUAACUGCCAUUAUACUAUUGUGAUUUUUACCAGUCACAUAAAUGAUGUCGUACUAUUUAAGUCUUCAAACAUGUCAAGUACACUAUUCCACACCAGUCCACUCUUCACCCAAUCAUCCUUUCCUACACGUCCUGAAAGCAGAGAACUAUGCAGUGCUGGACUGAGCUGGACAGGUCAUGCAGUGCAGUUUGAGUGGAAUGGGGAACGGUGGAGCUGAGGGGAGCUAAGAGCAGGGCACUGGGCUGGUUUAUUUGUGUUUGAACUCUAAUCUGCCUGGCCUGAUUAAUGAUCCUGAUGAGGGGAGUGACAGCGCACUGCUCAGGAUGAUGGAGGGAGGGGAGAGAGGAGAGCAACAGCGCUACCAGGUUUAUUUGGACCUGGGGUUGAGGGAGGGAGAGCGAGGGAUGCAGCCAGACCAGGGGAAGAGGGGGAUGGAGAGGUGUAGAAGGAAGGGGCGAUUCCUGUGUGCUCCGUUCAGGGACGGGGUGCUGACUGAAGGACCCUGACCCCCCCCCGCUCGGCAGGAACAGCUUGACUCCAUCACCCACUACACAUGCUGAGGCUGGGACCAUCCAACACACACUGCCUGGGUGUAUUUAGCCAGGCAAAUGAGUAUAUGUCUCAUCUUAACGAGGCACUCACUCCAGAGAGCAGGCUGCUACUGCUGCUGCUGGGCUCAAGGCAAAGUUGUUGAUCCCAUCUAACAGUAAGUUCCUGUAUUUUCUGCAUGAAGCUGCCCAAACGCACAAGUCAGAAUCAUAUUUACGACUGAAACAUUGAUUUGUUAUUGUAUUGUUUGAAGUGUCUCUGUUAAUUGUUGUUGAUAGACAAAAGUGCCUUGGGCUUAAAUGGGAGCGCAGAAUCAGCCUCAGCCUUGCAGAAUGUAAUGCUUAGUUCCUCACAGGGGUCAGGGUUCAACUUUCAGGUCGCCAGCUAAUGAUAACUUGCGCUGAAACCCACAACUUGGGGAGGGCAUGUCUGAUGACACCUGGCGACCAACAUUAGUUACUGUAAAUAGAGUAGCCUAAUUCACAAUGAAGCUUUGUAUUGCAUUAUUUAUAUGUAAAGAAGGAAUAAUAUAUGAGAAUGCACUGAUGUCUUCCAUUAAAAUAAUGUCCUCUGUUUCACUGGG